AUGGAGUCUAUAGAUGCUGCUCAUUGCCAUUCGCCUGUAGGGGGUCAAGGAAUGAAUUUGGGUCUUCAAGAUGCUGAUAACCUUGCAUGGAAGAUGUCAGAUGUAUUGAGAAAUUAUGCAUCUGAUCCCGAAAAAUUGCUUGAUUCAUACAGUAACGAGAGAGAAUUACAAGCUAAGAGAACUAUCGAAACAACUAGCAAUACAACAAAAACGGGCUUCUCUAACAGUGCACUGGUUGGAAGUGUUCGCUCACUGUUUUUAACUGCUGCGCUCAUAUUGCCCCAAUUGAGACAUUUUGCUUUUAAUAAUAUGAUGCAGAUGUAUGUUACAGUUAAUCCUAACUCUGAUAUCCUGGGCACAUCUGAUAAAGGUCUUAUUGAAGUAGGUCAUUUUUUACCUGACACCGGUACCUUAAGAAAAAGUAUCCUUCCUCAAUCCAAAAGACCGCAUAACGCCAUUCAACGUAACAGUCUUCGUGAACUUUUGUUCCAUAAUGAAAGUUACACUGCUAUCUUGGUUGCAACCUGUUUUCAAAGACAAUUACCAAACAGCGAUUUGAUUGAAAAGUUUUGGACACGCACAAGAGCUUACCCAAUCAAGCGCCUUGUUAUCCAAUCAGCCUGGCAUUGUCAUAUUAUGGGUAAAUAUCCUAAAUAUGUGUCAAAGGAUGAGGAAGAUACUGCAGAAGAAUCAUUUUAUAGCGAAGAAAGAAUGGACCCAUCAUUCUCUGUCACAAGUCGUGUUGGAUUAUAUCCAUUUUUAAAUGCAUACUUUGCAAGUGAAAACCCACCAAGCGUUUUACUUAUUAUUCGUCCUGACCUUUACGUUGCACAUUCAAAGUUUAUCAACAAUGAAACUGAAUUGAACGGCGCCCUAGAAUUCCUUGGUUCAGCUUUUGCUUAA